AUCGAGUCAGCGCUUGCUUAGAUUUACCGCCGCUAAAAGAGGGUAGGGCUACAGAAGCUGCUCGAAGUAAAGUAUGA